AAGAGACGUCACUGCACGUGUUUCAGGUGUCCAUUCUCGAACAUCGCGCGUUCUCAUGCUCAUGGUGAUUCCAGGCCAUAUUAUCUUCAUUUAUACGAUCAGGUGUAUGAAAUCUGGGAACACAUCCUUAACACCACUGUUCGUGAUGGUGUAUCUUGUUGCUGCUGUAGUUCAGGUGGCCACUCUGCUGUACAUUGCAUACAUGAUGAUACAUUGGAUGUGGAAACACAAGAUUGAUCCGGACAACUCUGCGAUCCCGUACCUAACGUCCCUUGGAGACUUGCUGGGAAUCAGCUUAUUGGCCAUUGCAUUUCAUUUUCUGUAUUUAGUUGGAGACAGAGAUGCAGAUGUGGGUGACUAAACUACGUCAUUGAGUUGUCUUACCAAAUGUAUGUAGUGUCAGCCUCAAUGAACACGAUAUUUACUCUUAGAACAAUUGUGUUCAUACGUAAACCAUUAAGGAACGUUAAAAAUAAUUAUAAGGUGGCUUAAGAGCACCUCCAUUCAGUUCAUUCAAUCUCUUUGCAGUUUUGGUUAAGGCAGUUUGUCAGAGUUUUAAUACUUAUUAAAAAAAUUUAAAUCUGUCUCUCAUUUUAAUUCUGCCGGCUUACACUCAGUAGAGAGCGUUUGUGCGACACAGUCUGCAGAACAGUAUAGCACGCGAAUAGCUCCAUAAGACUGCAGAUGCAGCGCAUGGUGCAUAAGUCUUCCAGUUGGACAUGUUACUAGUGCAUCGGUAAGUACAAUGUUGGGAAGCCGUAGGCUUAUACAGUAGGUAUACGAAUUGCCAUAGUCUUUCACUGUUAGAUUUUACUUUUGGGUGUUUAUUUUCUUGUUUUUGAGGUUACAUUUGUGAGCAAGGUGCAAUGCAAGUGGUAGACCCAACAUCAUAACUGUGUGUACAAAAACCAUCCUGAAAUUUUAGUUCAAGAAGAAUUGCUAUGAUUUCUUUCUUUAUGUAGUGAACCCUGCUGAUACUGAAAUAAUUUACUGUUAAAUGCCAAGUCUAUAAUUUUUAUGUACUUUUUCCUUCUGGGUUUGAUAUUAAUGCAGGAAAUGCUAUUACAUCAGACCGUCAAGUAAGUUCUCUAAAACACCAAUCUGCAUCUAAACAUCUGUCCGUACUCUGAUCUCCGAUCACAUUCAGUUUUAAUUCUUAAAAUAAUCAACAUAUGCUGUGAUGAUCUUGUUCUUCUGUGAUGUGGUUCUGUCUGGGUUUAUAUGUAGAUACCAGCGUUAUCUACCAGAAAUCCACACAGCAUCCCAACACAGAGGAACAUCGUCAUUAUCUCUACUGCAGUCAGAACCUCAAAUAUGUGAUGUAACACAAGAUAGUUGAAAGACGCUCAACUUUUUUUCUAAUAUUAGUAAAAACUUACAUCAGAUAGUUAAUGUCUGAACUUUGCAGUGACGUAUUCCUAGAGUUUCAUACCUGCGACUGAUCCUUUCAUUUCGGACAGUGCAGCUGUUCUUUUGCAUUAGAGUUGCCUUAUCGACUACAUUUCUGCUUCCAUCGCACUGCUGAGAAGGCUU